AAUGCACUUCUCCUAGCAGCAGGUGGGUGGGUAUCUGGGGACUAGUGAGACAUAUGGAUGUCCAAGGGUGAUGGAGCAUCCCUGGUGCCUCUCCUCUCCUCGGGAAGAGCAGGGGGGGUGGGGGGCGGCUGUGCUCUGACCCCCUACCAGCUCCUUCCCAGCCCUCAGCUUACAGCCCAGUCCCUGUGCCCGACUUUGCGAGGGAUGGAGAAGGAGGGGUCCCACCGAGGAGGGGCUCUGCAGCCCAGCCCGGGACGCGCUCACUCCCUCCCCUCCCCGGGCCCCACUUUGGGGACCGAGCUGGGGUUGUAAAACCCACCUCGGCGGCGGGGAGUGGGGAGGGGGGGGCCGAGCCGAGGGGCCGCCCCCCCCCCUCCCCGGGGCCGGGAAAAGGCAGCGCCAGCGCCGGCAGAGCCGGCGGGGGGUGCGCGGUCUCCGGCGGUGCGGCUGUGCCAGGCAGGCGGGUGUGUGUGCGUGUGUGUGCGUGUGUGUGCAGGGAGGCUGCUGCCCUGCCAGGGCACAUCUGGGAGCCGGGGAGCUGCAGGGAGGAGAGAGCCGGAGCUGCAGGCUGCUCACAGCCAAGGCUGCUCCGGGCGGUGUGUGUGUCUCACACACGCACACGCACACGCACGGCAGCCCGGGAGCGGCAGGCGCCUCCUCCCCGCCGCAUUAAAACGAGCCAAGUUUCCACGCCGGGGGCAGCGGCACGUCGGGGCGCGGCGGCGGGUCCGAGCUGCGGCCCCGGCGGGGCCGGCCCGGCCCCGGGGAUGCACCUGAACGCCACGGCCCCGGCCGUGCCGGGCAGCCCCCUCCACCUGCACCCCAGCGGCUAUGCCAACGCCUCUAACCGCUCCGACCUGCUCCCCAAAGGGCCCGACGAGGAGGACUUGGACGUCAACACUGACAUCUACUCCAAAGUGAUGGUGACCGUCAUCUACUUGGCUCUUUUCUUCGUGGGCACCGUGGGCAACUCCAUCACGGCGUACACGCUGGUGCGCAAGAAGUCGCUGCAGAACCUGCAGAGCACCGUGCACUACCACCUGGCCAGCCUCGCCUUCUCCGACCUCCUCAUCUUCCUCCUCUGCAUGCCCAUCGAGCUCUACAACUUCAUCUGGGUCCAUCACCCCUGGGCUUUCGGGGGGGCCGUCUGCAAGGGCUACUACUUCCUCCGGGACGCCUGCACCUACGCCACGGCGCUCAACAUCGCCAGCCUCAGCGUGGAGCGCUACAUGGCCAUCUGCCACCCCUUCAAAGCCAAGAGCAUCAUGUCCCGCAGCCGCACCAAGAAGUUCAUCAGCUGUAUCUGGAUCGCCUCCUUCCUCCUCGCCAUCCCCAUGAUCUUCACCAUGGGGGAGAUCUACGGCAAGGACCAGAAUCCCGACUCCCUCAUCUGCACCACCAUCGUGGACGCCUCCACGCUGAAGACGGUCAUCCAGGUCAACACUUUCAUCUCCUUUGUGUUCCCCAUGGUCGUCAUUUCUGUGCUCAACACCAUCAUCGCCAACCAGCUCAUGGUCAUGUUCAAGCAGGCUGCCCAGGAAAACCAGGUCUGCACCAUCGGCGGGCAGCAGACGAUGCUCAGCAUGUCCAUGGAGCCCAGCCGCGUGCAAGCCUUGAAGCACGGCGUGAGGGUCCUACGUGCUGUGGUGAUUGCCUUCGUGGUCUGUUGGCUCCCUUAUCACAUACGACGUCUCAUGUUUUGCUACGUCCCCUCCAGUCACUGGACAGAUUUCCUUUUCAACUUCUACCAUUACUUCUACAUGCUGACAAACGUCCUCUUCUACGUCAGUUCGGCAAUCAACCCCAUCCUCUACAACCUGGUGUCUGCAAACUUCCGACAGAUCUUCCUCUCGACACUCACACUGCUGUGCCUGCCAUGCAGGAAGAAGAAGAAACGACUGGCCUUCACCAGGAAAUCCAACAGCAUCUCCAGCAACCACACAUUUUCCAGCCAGGUCACAAGGGAAACUACAUACUGAAGCCAAAGGAGGAAAGGAAAUGUAUUUCAUCAUGGAGACAAAACUUGAGAGAGGCCUCUGUGACUUUCAUGCAUGGUCUCCAAAUUCAUGUAACACAAGUGUGUUUAGCAAAGUCAUUUUUGUUGGAAAAAUAGGCUUUGUGCUGCCAGUAACUUUGAGGUUAUUUUAAAGCAUUGGCCUUGCCUCUUGUGAGUGAUGUCUACACGUUUUGUAACUUCAGUCUGGCAUAAAUCCAGGUGCGGUGUUAACUGGGAAGCCAAACUAUGUUAAACUUAGGCAAAACCAUACUGCAUUUCAUCCUUUUCUCAGUGCAGAGAUGCCACGUUCACAUCCAAGGGUUUGAGAUCACACCUCUUGGUCGCACCGAGCAGAGAGUCUGAUGAGGAGAAAGAAGUUUUGAACAGAAAGGGAUGUUUUUGGAGAACGGACAUGCUCAUCUAUGGGAUGUUCGAUGAACAAGGAGUGAAAACUCAGGGAGCCAGGUGGUUAUUUUAGAAAUAUAUCUAAAUUAUGAUUAAUAUGACCUAGGUGCUCAAGAGAGCCACUCUGGCUCCUUGAAAUUAAAUAACAACAGAUGAUGCCUUACCUAGAUUGGGGUGGCUGUGGCCUGGGGAAACGGGGGCCAUCUUUUACUUUAGGGCAUAUAUAGUGCCUGGCACAGUGAACCCCCUCUCUUGCUGGUAGUGGUACUGCAACACCAAUAAAUAAUAAAGUCUCUGGCAAAGUCAAGAAUGCAGACACUGUGCCCAGCUAGAGUGCUGAAAAUGAACAGAAAUGGAAAAUCUCACUGUUGCCAUACAGCCAAAUCCUAUUUUCUACCAGGGAGAACAGUUAACUGGUCUACUUUAAGAGGUGAGAAAACACCAGGCUCAUGAGGGCUCCAGGCUGCUGAGACAAGAGCAAUUCUGUGGGAUCUUCAGAUUUUUCCAGUUUUACUUGUUUCCUCACCAUUUUCACAAGGUCUCAGAGGUUAUACAAGUUGUAGGCAGCAGGGCCUUUUGUUCUACGUUUUCUUUUAUUUUUUUUUGCUACCGGUCCUGUUGGCACACCAAUUUGCACACACAAAUCUUCAGAUAGUGCAAAUGAAAAAUACAAUACGGUCUAAAGUGGGGAAUCUUAGCUCUAAAACAACUUUAUUUUAACAAGCCAGAGAAACAGAAACAAGACCUGAAAAUUCUCUUUGAAAUUUCUCAGCUGGCCAGGAUAGGUAGCGUGAGCUUUUCUCCCAUAUGGUUCAACCUCUAACAGCCCACUAUGUGAUGCAGCAAAUUGCUCCAGAGCCUUUAACACCAGAAAUCACGGGUCUCUGGGACAAGCUAAAGGGCUUUCCCUGCUGUCACAUCACCAGGUGGUGACCUGCAUGGACCUGGAACCAACCAAUCAUCCUGUGCAACCUCUGCUGUGGUUUUGCUGGUGGUGACCUUGUGUCCCCUUUCGCACCACACUUCAUUAGGAGAGCAAGGCUUGCCUCUUUGUGGUGACAAACUCUGUCACUUGGCUCAAUUCGCUUUCUGGGCUUUGUCCAUACCCUGUCACUCUUCAGCUAACGAGCACCCUUGGUACGUAACAGAAGUCUCAAUGCUGGAGAUGUGGAUCUGUCUCCAGUGAACCGUCACACAAUGAUGGGGACCAGUUACUGACCCACUGCGUACUGGUGACUUCUCCUAUGGUAUCUCAUGGGUUAGGCCCUGUUGCAGUCAGGGCACAGAGAAAACACCUGUGGGGCAUUUGCUGUGAGUUGUGAGUGAUGGCUACCUACUUCCAAGGCAUUUAUAACCUGGCAGUUGUACAGAGCUAGCUACCAUGGCAGACCUCCAACCACACCUGCCAGGGAUGGGAGGUUAUUUUAACGCCUAGUACAGAACCACUCCAAAAGAAAGCGCUCGAAAUAGAAAUCAGUGGGGCUUUAGUUUCUUCUGAUUCAGCCAAACUGCAAGCUCUGUCCUGUCAUGUCUUCUUUUAAUUUUUUGCCCUGGUUGUACCAAACAGAGGGUAGAGAUUAUAUUUGACAAAUCACUUUCAUUGCUCAUGCACAGUUGACUUCUCUUUGGCAAGAAAAACAGGCAAUGGCACACACACACACACACGAAAAGGCAAAAAGGAGACUGGUCUCCUUGGAAGGAAAUCUGUGAGGAACCAGCAAAUGUUAUCUGUGUGAGUGUUAAAAAUGGCUUGGGCAGGUUGGAGGAAGAAGGUCUAGAAGACCCGUACAUACUGCCUUGUGGGAAAGUCCAGGUACAAUGAGCGGAGGAAGAGAAGUCUUAAUGUCACACACUUAACAUUGGCCUUCCAGGCAAGACACUUCAGAUGUUUCUGAAGACAACCCAAACUUUUUAACUUCAUUUCUAAAUAGAGUCAACAGCUGGGAGGUGGUUUCAUUUCUGAAACCUCCCACGGAAGCUGUAACUAUGUGUUGCUUUGACUUUCAUUAGGAUUUAAUAUCCUGCGUGUCUCAGUUGCUUUUGAAAUGUUAAACAUUAUUAAUAUACUUGUUCAACACCAACCUGCGGAAAAGUGCUUGAUUAUCUUAGAAAACACUGUGCAAAAAUUGUUUCACAUAAAAUGCUUGGCUUAGAUUUCCAUUACUGAGAUACACUGGCAGCUUACAGAAUAUUUGAUCACGGCUCAGAGAAACUGGUAGGUUUAGUUUUGGUUUGACAUGAAAAUGGGAACAAGCUGGAGUAAAAAUGAACUUAUCAUAAACUCUUUCCACAAUGUUUGUUGGGCCACUCGAGUCCUGAAGAGCUGACUAUUUGGGGGGAUUUAUCCGAGUGGUUUGCUGGCUUCUACAGCUCUGUUCCUGCAGUUUAACACGGGAGCAGACCUGAGUCUAUGGCCUUAACCUGAGAUUACAGCUCAAAACUACCUCUUCCACUGGGCAAAUCUGACUACCUUGAGCUGAGAAGUGGAAGUUACAGCUGAUUUCAUCCUCUCCCCUCCUCCUCACCUAGUUUUGCUAUAUUUG